AUGGCGAAUUCGUACACGCUUCUACAGAACUUGAGAGCCGGCCGUUGCUCAAACACCGCGGAGGUCCGCCUGCUGAGGUUCUGGGAGGCCAAGAAUGUCAACAAGGGCGGAGAGCUUAUUAGCGUUGACAUGUUGCUUAUCGAUGAGAACUCUACGGUGGUCCACGGUUCAAUCCCUGCGUCUCGCCAGCUUCGGUUCAAAAAUCGUCUCAGCGAAGGCUCUGUCUACACUCUUAGCGGAUUUGAUGUCACGCGUAGCAGUCCCAAGUACCGGUUGUCUGAUGCUCCUGUCUCUGUCCGUUUCAAUGCUGAGUCUGAUUUUGAGAAGCUACCAGCAACUGAUAGGAUCAUACCGACCGAACACUUCCGUUUCCGACAGUACGACCAGAUAAUUGAGCUAGCAAACACUGGCAAUCAGCUUCCUGACGUAAUGGGGGAGCUUUGUGCAAUUAGGAGCACAAUUACCGAUCGUAUCCCGGGGGCUCAUCGCGUAAUGCUAACCUUGCGACUUGAAAGGUGUCGACCACCCUCUAUAUUCCGUUUCUGGGGUUUAAUUUGA